AUGCAGAUUCCGGUCUCCCGGGGGAGGGGCAACAUCUCACACGCCGAGCGUACCCCGAGGGGACAGCGAAUUCCGCGUUGCCCAGGCGGUGACAUCUCCCCGCAAGAGCUCGAGGACUUCGCCAAAAUCGCCAAGAAGUACGGCCUGUGGACGAAGAUCACUGGCGCACAGCGCCUGGGCAUGUUCGGGGCCGAGAGACACCAGCUUCCUAGCAUCUGGAAGGAGCUCGUCGACGCGGGCAUGGAGUCGGGGCAGGCCUAUGGCAAGUCGCUGCGGACCGUGAAGAGCUGCGUGGGGUCUACGUGGUGCCGCUACGGCCAGCAAGACUCCGUGACCAUGGCCGUGAUCCUUGAGAACCGGUACAAGGGCAUCCGCUCUCCGCACAAGAUGAAGAUGGGAGUGUCUGGCUGCCUCCGGGAGUGCGCCGAGGCCCAGGGCAAGGACGUCGGGCUCAUCGCCACUCAGAAGGGGUACAACCUCUACGUCUGCGGCAACGGGGGUGCGAAGCCUGUGCACGCGGCUCUGCUGGGCACGGACCUCAGCGAGGAGGAGUGCAUCAAGUACAUCGACCGCACCCUGAUGUUCUACAUCUCCACUGCGAAGCACUUGCAGCGGACCGCCCCCUGGCUUGAGGAGCUCCCGGGAGGCAUCGAGUACUUGAAGCAGGUCGUCAUCGGAGACAAGCUUGGCAUAUGUUCAGAGUUGGAGGCACUCUUGGAGCACGCCCACUGCACCUACAAGUGCGAGUGGAAGGAAGUCGUGUACGACGCUUCGCUGGCCAAGAAGUUCCAGCAGUACGCGAAUACGCAGGAAACCCAGCAUACGGAGCACAUAGAGUACGUCGACAUGCGCCGGCAGCGCCACCCGAACGUGUACAGCCCCCCAGACGUCACAGGGCCUGCCAUCUUCCGGCGGGAAAAGGCGGACGAAGGCUGGGAGUGGUUCGCAACGCAGAACAUCUGCCCCCACAAGCAGGCCCGCACCAUCUCCCGGGGCCUGGUGGGCGAGACUCUGGAUGGCAAGGUCACCCUGGCGGACCCCAUCUACAAGACGAUGUACAACCUGGAGACCGGCGAGGGCAUCUCGAACUCGGACCUGAACCUUUCCACUUUCGAGGGCACUGGCCAGCCCCUCUGA